CAGGUUCAUCGGGAGGGGGUUGCGUGCGGCCCAGUAGAAGACUGCAGGCUCAUGGCGGCACGAUGCUGCGGUAGGUACCCGUUCUAGAAUUAGUCCCUAUUUAAAGUGUGUCUGUUUCUUCUGUUUUCGGUUAUAUUUAGAAGUGCGCCCACAUGGCGAUGAGGGUCGUGCAUGCUGCCGCAGUGUCUGAAUUCCCUUCACUGAGUCUAGAAGCAUAUCUGGAGCCGGUUCCGAAUUCCCCUUCCGUGGAACCAGUUGCUAUCAAGCAGUCAGGGGGAGCUUAUGAGAGGAUUGCUAGGGGAAUAUCAGGGAGCAAUGUUAGGGGUAGGCCCUUCUAGACUCGUAUAUAUCUCCCAAUGCGCAUGAUACGGUUAGUCCCGCUUGAUUUUGAGCACCUCUCUUAAAGUGAAUGUCGCUCGCUCUCGUUUUCAUUUGCCCUACCAGAGACUACGUGACAUUGCGACAUUACUUCAGUAACCGUUAAUUUUAACCGUAUGAACAAUAGCUGCGCGCUUCUGUGUGUCGUGUGUUCCC